AAAAAAAAAAAAUUGCAACGUGUUUGGUACAAUUACUACUGCAUUUAGUGACAUUUUAGGAAAACAGGUGUAUGUACUGUAAAAUAGAUAAAGGUUAUGGGAGACUUUGACCCCAAAAGUAAUUCUGAAUUGCUAAAUAUAUUCUUACGUGAUGAAAUGUAAGAGCCAAGAGCCAGCGGGCAUGGCUUGUGUCUGCCUGCCUCCUGCGAGGGGCAGUUGUAUACAGGAACGGACAUGGGGAAGCCCUUGCCACAGCCCACACACUGGUGUCCAUGCAGUGAUGUAAAGCUUACGUCCACAGGACGGGAAUGUCGGGCUGCACUGACCCACUCACUCCUUGCCGACAGUUUGGUGUUGUAUUAUAAUUCCCUGCACUGCUCACCUCCCCUCCUGUGAGAGCUCAUGCGUGCUCACCUCCCCUCCUGUGAGAGCUCAUGCCUGCUCACCUCCCCUCCUGUGAGCUCACACCCAUCCUCACCUCCUGACCUGAGCACACUGCUCACCUCCCCUCCUGUGAGAACUCACGCCUGCUCACCUCCCCUCCUGUGACAGCUCACGCCUGUCACCUCCUAACCUCAGGAAUGCUCACCUCCCCUCCUGUGACAGCUCACACCCAUCCUCACCUCCUGACCUGAGCACACUGCUCACCUCCCCUCCUGUGAGAGCUCACACCCAUCCUCACCUCCUGACCUCAGGAAUGCUCACCUCCCCUCCUGUGACAGCUCAUGUCCAUCCUCACCUCCUGACUUGAGCACAGUGCUCGCCUGCACUUUGUGGUUUGGAGUCAGUUCUGGGAUUUUUCUCCCUGGGGAAUGGAGGGCAGAUGGACUUCGGUUAGUAAUUACUGCAGCAUUAGUGGUGCUCGUUUGAUUUGGUGGCCAAACUCUCACCAGGGCUAUUUAAUCUGCUCCAUCCGUCCCCCUGGCCUCUCCGACCCCACUUCAGGACGCUCCUCCCCUUACCCACAGGCAGACCUGGUUGCUUGGGGAAUCCACCAGAUGUGUGCAUCCCGCGUUGGCGUUCUUCCCCUUCCCUCCCCUCCCCUCCCCUCCCCUCCCCAAAGUGCCAGUUGCCACAGUCCGCUGGCUCAGCUCUGCCCAGAGAUGGUGUCCUGCCCCUUCCCGGUGUGGCCUGCGUCCCUCCAAGCAGCCUAGCCGGGAGGUCCCUUUGUCACCUCGCCUUCCCCAUCUCUCCCGGGCAGUGGCGACAUGAAGCCUGGUGUGGGCUUGGGCUCCGUCUCUCUGUCUGCAGGUGCUGCUGCUCCCUGCUCGCUCUCACUGUGCCCGCCUUUCCUCGUCUCCCAGCGUCUAGCCAGGGUCUCCCUAAGGCUCGCGUUCUCCAGCUGCUGGGAGAAAGCCGAUGGAUUCUGCUAUCGCUUACUGUUCAGACAUCUUCAUCGUCAGCCCAGCUGGCGCUUCUACCCUUUGGCCUCUCAGAGCACAAUUCCAGGGCCUUCCCCGGGACCACCAGACAGCCAGGAGGCUUGGAAGCCCCUGAGCACGCAUGCUCCAAGCCAGCGUGGGCUGUGCCUGCUGGAGUGGCAGGAGCUGAGUUUGAUGGAUCACUUGCUGCUCGCCGAGCUUUGUGUCUGGUCCUUACAGAGACCCCAUUAAAUAGGUUCAUGCUGUCCUUGCUUCCCGGGGAAGCCCCUGCGUCAGGGAGGCGUGAUUAACCUUCCCAAGACCACACAUCCUGGCCGGGGCUGAGUGAUGGUGGAGCCCGGCUGCCCCGCCCCAGAGCCACACUCAGCCGGCUCCUCUGGAGUGCGCGUGGCUCAGCCUCAGCUGUCCAGCGGUGUGGACCGCGGGCUCUGCCUCAGGUGCUUUGGGCUCCUACCUUAUAACGCGCUCUGUCUACGUGGAUGUCUCCUGUGUAAAGCAACGAAGAAACCUUUAAUCUGCCCCAAGCAUCGCGUGAGUCGAGGGGAGGCGUGGCACUGCUCCGGAGGGCUUCUUGGAGCAGGAAGCCGUGGUGAUGACCGUGCCGUGUUGGCAGUGCGUGGUCCUGCUUCUUGACCACGCGUGGGUUGAGACACUAAAUAGGGGUGUUUGGGCCUCUGUGAUCGGAGUCAUCACCGACGUGGAUAUUUAUACUCACUUCUUUCCCUCUGGCCCCAUGCAUGACCUAGACGUUGUCUGUUGUACCAGCUUGGAGAAUUCUAGAAUUUUCUGGAGAAGGAAACUUUAACCAUGAUCCACAGUAAGAAAUGGACUCUGACUUGGGGUAUAUGUAUGUGUAUGCGUUUGCGUAUGUCUCUGGGUACACAUUUAUAUAUUGUGCAUAUGCAGGUGAAAAGUGAUUCUUGAAAAAUUUAUAUCUUUAUUCUAUGUGAAGCAUUCUCUCAUUUUCUCAUCUAUUCCAGUCUCCUCUAGACUACUAUAGAUUUCACCAACAAAAAUUGCUGCUUGGGGCUGGCAGCUGUGGCUUAGCAGGUAAAGCCACUGCCCACAGUGCCAGCAUCUCAUGUGGGUUCUGAUUUGAGUCCUGGCUGCUCCACUUCUGAUCCAGCUCCCUGCUAAUGUGCCUGGGAAAGCAGUGGAAGAUGGCCUAUGGGCUUGGGUCCUGAACCCACAUGGGAGACCUGGAAGAAGCUUCUAGUUACUGGCUUCAGCCUGGCCCAGCCCUGGCCAUUGCAACCAUCUGGAGAGUGAACUAGCAGAUGGGAGAUGUCUCUGUCUGUGUCUGUGUCUUUGUAACUCUGCAUUUCAGAUAGAUAAAUAAAUUUUAAAGUCUUUUUUUCUAAGAUUUAUUUUAUUUAUUUGAAAGGCAGAGUUAGAGAGAGAGAAGGAAAGACAGUGAGAUCUUCCGUCUGCUGCUUUACUUCCCAGAUGGCUGCGAUGGCCAGGGCUGGGCCAGACCGAAACCGGGAGCCAGGAGCUUCUUCGAGGUUUCCCAUGUGGGUUCAGGGCCCAAGUACUUGGACCAUCUUCUGCUGCUUUUCCUGGAGCAUUAGCAGGGAGCUGGAUUGGAAAUGAAGUAGCCAGGGUUCAAAUGGUACCCAUAUGGGAUGCCGGCAUCCCCUGUGGUGGCUUUACCCGCUAUGCCACAAUGCUGGUCUGAUAAAUAAAUCUUUAAAAAACUUGCUCCUGGACAAGCACUGAAUUUAUUUCCUGCCCACAUUUGAAAUCCUCUGCUUUGCAUUCUCCAGGGCCCUCCCCUGUCUCUUCUGGGCAGUUUAUUAUGAAAAGACUGUCACUGCUUCUCUGUGUUCCUUCCGUUGUCUUGUAGAGCCCCAGGCCUCUGGCACCCAGCAACUUUUCCUGCCGGCGUGUGGCUUAGACUGGGGUGAAGAUUAAUUGAAUUUGAGGCCCCUGCCUUGGAGGCAAGCUGAGCUUGGCACACAGAUGCAUGAGGGUUUGUCUGCCUUCCGGGGACUGCCCCUGGGGAGCAGGCUUCCCAUCCUCACCCUCUCCCGGUGCCAUUUCCGUCUGGCUGUCUUAGAAGGGAGCCGUGUCGGGAAUAAGCUGCUCUGUAAUCGCAGUAAAUACAGUUGAUGGGUGAGUUUUGCCCUCCAAGAGGUACAAUUUUAAUUUCCUUAAAAGCAAUAUCCUGACUUGGAAUAGACUGCAUUUACUUGCCUUAUACCUUCGCCCAGAUUCUAACAUAUGAGAAGAAUUUCUGCCAUUUGUCUAUUUAUUCCUAAGCUAGGAAAAGUGGUCUGCACUGUUUCUCACACGUGGAGAGUUUUCUGUCCUCUCCAAAGACCUUCUGGGAGUCUGAGGGGGUGACGCAUCAGAGAAUCAGACGUGACAGGGCGUCGUGGUGGGCGAGGAACUUGGCUUGUCUCUGUGGCUUUGGGCCGGCCCAGCAGACUCCCUGUGGUAACAGCAGCUUCCUGUGCUGUGUCCAGGGCCCUGGCACUGGCCCCUGUGCUGUGUCCAGGGUGCCUUGAUGGUGUCUUCACAUCAUCUUCUCAGCUGCGUUCAGCAAAGAGGCACUUGUUAUGUCUUGUGCCUCAGUUUGAAAUGUAAUACAUGAUUGUGUCAGAAAAGUAGAAAAUACCAACAAGUUUAAUAAGAAAAUAAGAAUCGGGCCAGUGCCACGGCUCACUAGACUAAUCCUCUGCCUGCGGCGCCGGCACCCGGGGUUCUAGUCCCGGUUGGGGCGCCAGAUCCUGUCCCGGUUGCUCCUCUUCCAGGCCAGCUCUCUGCUGUGGCCCGGGAAGGCAGUCGAGGAUGGCCCAAGUGCUUGGGCCCUGCACCCACAUGGGAGACCAGGAGGAAGCACCUGGCUCCUGGCUUCGGAUCAGCACAGUGUGCUGGCCGUAGCGGCCAUUUGGGGGGUGAACCAAUGGAUAGAAAACCUUUCUCUCUCUCUCACUGUCUCUAACACUCUCUAACUCUCUGCCUGUCAAAAAAAAAAAAAAAAAAGAAUCAUUGAUCACUCCACCUCUGAAACGAUGCUCACAGCAUUUUGAUUUUAUAUAUUCUAUGCAUUUUUCUCAUUUAAUGUCAUCUUACGUAUAUUCAUACACUUGUGUGUACACAUGUGGUCAUCCCUGGUUAUCUGGUAGGGAUUGGUUCCAAGCCUGCUUGCAGAUUCCAAAAUGUGUACAUGCUCAAAUCUCCUAAAUAAAAUGGCUUGGAGUUUGCAUCGAGCCCUGCACAUCCUCCCAAGUGUUUUAAAUCAUGUCUAGAUGACUUACGAUGCCCAAUGUGACGUAAAUGCUGCGUAAGUAGUUGUUAGACUAUAAUGUUCCGGAAUAAUGUCAAGAAGGGUUUGUGUGUGUUCAGUACAGGGACAGUCUUUGAACACACGUGCUUUUGAUACAUGGCUGGUUAAAUCUGCAGAUACAGUAACAGGAACACGGAGGCCUGCGUACAGGUGCAGCACGUGUGAUAGAUUUUCCUGUGUGGACACACACACACUUUGACAACUUCCCGUUUUGUCUAUAUUUAUCAAUAUGUUUUUUAAAAGAUUUAUUUAUUUAUUUGAAAGGCAGAAUUAGAGAGAGGAAGAGACUAAGGGGAGAGAGAGAGACAUCUUCCAUCUGUUGGUUCACUUCCCAGUUGGCUGCGGUGGCCACCCCUGGGCCAGGCUGAAGCCAGGAGCUUCAUCUGGGUCUCCCACAUGGGUGGCAGGGGCCCAGACCUUUGGAACAUCUUCCACUGCUUUUCCCUGGCCAUUAGCAGGGAACUGGAUCAGAAGUGGAGCAGUUGGGACACGAACGGGCGCUUAUUUGGGAUGCUGGCGUCGUAGCCAUCAGCUUUACCCAUUGCCCCACAGGAGCAGCCCCGCUGAUGGUUUCCAGGGUUGCCUGGGACCUCUUGGCUCUGCUGUACCGUAUUCAUGCAGUCUUGCAUGUGAGAGCGCUCAGGUGGUCGUCAUUCCCACAGCACUGCUUUAACGGCUCUGCUUGGCUGACCCUCAAAGACCGCGUUCCAUCCGAUUUCCCAGUGGCGUCAUGAUCUGGGCUCACUGCCCCUCCCCACCAGGGAUGAGCCUGCACCUGCGCCUGGGCGGCUGGCAUUCAGUGCCACUGUCUGGCCUUGGUUUUCCACUAGUGCCCUGGCUCUGUGGCUCUACUUCAUUCUGCACCCCGAGGGGUCGGAGUUCAGCGGCCAUGGUCUAUCCUGGGGUCCAUUUCCCCCCUCUCAGGAGCCUCCCGGGGGUGCAGCCUUUGCUUCUCUAGGCUUGGGGUUGUUGCCGUAAUAGGUAAUGAGAACGGAGCUCUGGGCCUGGGGCACAGCAGGCCAUGAGAUACCAGAACCAUCAUGGACAGCAGGCAGCAUAAAGAAACGGGGGCGUUAGGAACCAGAUAGAGUGACACGAGCAAAAGCAGUGUAACAUCCCUGCUUUGUGUAUUCUGAGUGGGGGACGGGUCUGACUGUCAGUAGAGAUGCCACGGACACGAGGCAGAGCUGUAGCUGCAUGGACAGGGAAGUGAUGGUUUGCCUGGGGACCGUCCAGGUCAAGUUCCCCACAUGGGGACAGACUGCUGCCCCAGCCAGCCGGCGGCUCAGGCGAAGCCGGCCGUGACAGGAACAGCUCCACUUGGUUGAGAAUCAGCAACAGGCCAGACCUUUGGAGACUGCUGGAGAGGGAGCUCCCAGGGUCCAGCAGGGACUGGGACCAGCCAAGCUCGUUAGUCCCAUCAGUCUCCUGGGACCCUGUACAAAACACCGUGGAUGGGGCAGCUUCAGACAGCGGGGUCACCUCUCCUCUUAUCCCUGGGGAUCACAGGUACAGUGGGGUCGCCUUGCCUCUUAUCCCUGGGGAUCACAGGUACAGUGGGGUCGCCUUGCCUCUUAUCCCUGGGGAUCACAGGUACAGUGGGGUCGCCUUGCCUCUUAUCCCUGGGGAUCACAGGUACAGUGGGGUCGCCUUGCCUCUUAGCCCUGGGGAUCACAGGUACAGUGGGGUCGCCUUGCCUCUUAGCCCUGGGGAUCACAGGUACAGUGGGGUCGCCUUGCCUCUUAGCCCUGGGGAUCACAGGUCGGCAGCCGGGGUGUCAGCGGGGCUGUUCCCUCUGGCUGCUCUGAGGAAGCUGUCUCCCCCUUUCCAGCCCCGCCCCCGUUUCUGGUGGUUGCUGGCAGACUCUGGCAUUCCGUGACUCGCCGACACGACAUCCCGGGCUGGGGCUCCACCCUCACCUGCCUGUGUUGUUCUCUCUCUUCUGCCCAGGACUCUAGUCAUGUGUGAUUUCAUGUUAAUUUGGUCAUGUCUGAGAAUGAUUCUGUUUCUAAACAGGGUCACAGUCACCCAGUACCGGGGUUAGGACUUGAACGUACCCUUUUGGGGGACACAGGCAAUCCAGAGACGUCACUGAGGGCAUCAGUGUAGAUGCCAGUGACACUCAGGCCCCUGGUGGAGGAAGGGCUGCAGAGGAAGUGGGUCCUGGGCCAGGUGCCCACUGUCAUCUUGACACGCACAGAGCUUGUGACUGGACCCUCUCAGACCUCACGCACACGCAGAUCCCCUGGCGGCUUGUUAACCUGCAGAUUCCAAGUCCAAGUCUGGGGCCCCAGGCUGUUUCCUUUCUGUCGGCUCCAGGGGACGCUGCUGCUCCUGCUGCCGGGGCACCCCGAGCUGGACGGGGUCAGGUCUCCCAGCACGGAGGGCCCUGUAAGCACCAGCACAGGAGGGCGUGCGGUCUGAGCUGGGGCAGCUGCUGCCUUCAGGGCUUCCUCCCCGCAUCCCCUCCAGGCAGACCCCGAGACCUUUGCAAGGGGAGUCAUGGCUUGUGUUGAACAAGAAUUAGCUGCAGAGGAAAAGUAGGUGAAGAAAAUGUCCCGCGUCCCGGGUUGCGACGCAGCAGGUUAAGCCACUGCCUGCAACACCAGCAUCUUUAUGGGCAAUGGUUCAAGUCCCAGCUGCUCUGUUUCCAAUCCGGCUCUUUGCUAACGUGCCUGAGAAAGCAGCAGAAGACAGCCCAAGAACUUGGGCCCUUGCCGUCCACGUGGGAGGCCCAGAUGGAUUUCCAGGCUCCCGGCAUCAGCCUGGCCCAGCAGCACGGGCUGUUGUGGCCAUCUGGGGAGUGCACCAGUGGAUGGAAGGUCUCUUUUUCUGUCUUCCCCUCUCUGUAACUCUCCCUUUCAAAUAAAUUAAUAAUAAUAAUAAAAGAUCCUGUGUCCUGUCCUCAGGAGGCCUGCUGUUCCAGCUGUGUUUUAGGACGACAGCCUCGUUUUAUUUUGUCUCUUGCCCGUGUCUUACUGCACCGCUUGUCUGGUGUCUGCCUGGUGGGCGCUGUGGCCUGGUUGGUUGGUCGUGUCUGCAGAUCUGGAGCUGGUCUCCAGCUGAUGCCUGGUUCCAGAAUAGAGCAGAGGACGAAUCCUGAGCCCAGACUGCCCCAUGGCCUGGGGAGCAGUGCUCGGCUGCUCUGGUCCUGACGGGUCGCGGAGCACGCAGAAAUCCUAAUCCCUUCUGUUUGUGCGACUGCGCCAUCAUCAGAGCCUUUUGGACCCGCUCAGCUCCUCCAGCGUGGUGUCAGAAAUAACCAUGAGAAGGCGUCCUGCAGAGAUGGGCAGGGACGUAAUCAAGUGAAGGCCGUGUUUCAGUAGCCGAGUCCCUGAUGGACUUGUGUCCUGCAUCCCCCCGUCUGGGGUCUUAAAUGCAGCUGUCCUUGGAGCCCUUCAGAGAGACUUAUGGUUAGUGUAGACAGGUCUACACAGGGUGAAGAUACCAGGACACCAAACCUCAUGUGCACCCCAGUUAUGGACCAGGGCUUACAGUGCAUUUGCUGUGGGUGGUUUCUAAAUUCUUUGCAUAUUUUAAGUUUCUGUGACAUUGAGGGUGUUUUUGUUGCAAAUUGAAUGAACCUCAAAGCAGAUGUACGCUGGUGUCCCGUGUUUAGCGAUGGCUCAGUGUUGCUAAGAUCCAGUUCUUCCCGAAUUGAUGGGUUCUGUCACUGCAUUCCCAGUGAAAUCUCAGCCAGUCAUUUUGUUCUGUUGAUUGACACAUUGACUCUGUACGUAGAGAGGAGACCCAGAGAGGCCUGCACAACAUUGCAGAACGAAGUUGGGAGACUUCAGGUCUUGCUGUGAGCCUGCAGCUACCUAAGUUGGGAAUCCAGCUGAUGUUUGCUUCAGAAAGGAGGGAAGUGGCUGACGGAUGUGGCUGGAGCCCAGGGAGUCAGACAUGAGUGUCUCGGGGUUGCAUGGUGGUGGUCAGUGUCUACACCUGAGGGAGACAGUCGCCAGGGGCAGCUCGUGUCUUUCUUACUAUUGCCAGUCCUUGAGGACACGAGAGUGACUGCCUCUCUCUUCACGGCCACGCCAGUCUUCUGGAAGACCCCUCCCCAAGCUUCCCCUGAGGAAAGAAAGGGCCAUCGCUGAAAGGAAACACGGUGAGGCUGGAGUUCAGGGAAUGCAGAGAGCGGACAGCACAGCUGGGAGACCUGGCGGGGGCGCUGGCCAUCGCUUGUCCCUGCAGCCAGCCGAUGCAAGCCUGGGGCGUAGCUGCCAAUGCAAGCCUGGGACGAAGCAGCCGAUGCAAGCCUGGGGUGUAGCGAAGUGGGUUCUGCCGCUCUUUGACCUGUCUGCUGGCUGAUGGAAAACGUAGUUAGCGCUUUCACUUGGGAUUUGUGUUCGGCCCGCGUGCGGAGUCGCCGGGCUGACACCUGAGAGAGGACCCGGCCUUAAAUAUUAUGCCCAGGAAGAAUUUGAUUGAGAAAUGUGUCGUCUGGUGCUGUGGCAUUGGCAGGUGUGAAGUGGGAAUAUUUCGUAUGUGAGCUGAAACAGCCCUCAGCUCUGUGAUAGUUCAACUGAAUACCUACAAAAUUUCAUUAAAACUAUUUUGCAGAACAUUAUGAGGGAAGAAAUUACUUUUGUGUAGGUACUGAUGAAAUCACAGAAUUUAUGUGAAGUUGGAUUUCUUUGGCUCCCAAGUAGUUGAUACUGGGGACAAGGGCAGCGGGCAGUUGGGAAGUCAUAUCCUGAGUGACAGGGGUUGUGGGUGGGAGGAUCAGACCCCAAUUUCCUGUUCUCCAGCCCAUUGCUUUUUCCAUGACAUCAUCCGAAUCAGAUUUUAAAUUUGUACAUUACACUGGCUUUAUUUAGAAUCCUUUGCCAGGCAGCAUAGCUUUGAUGAGAGUAUGAGCAGUAUUAUUCUCCAUGAACUGUGAAUGUGACACUUUUAUAAUUCAAGUAGAAUUAUUUUUCCCUUGGGAAAUCCCAUACAUUCAGUACGGUACAUUGAAUUAGGAGGUAGUAAAGAAAAAAAAAAAGGCCAUAAAGGUGUAUCUUAUUAAACAAAGCAGAUUUGCUUCCUGACUGUGUAACCUUUAAAUACAGUGAUUCAUUGUCAGAGGCGCUGAUUUUUUUUUAAUAGCAUAAAUUGUCUUCUGUCUGGUCAGAUGAUUAAGGAAGAGCAGCCGUGCUCAUCCUCUGAUUAGGUGCAGCGUAGUAAGAGUGUUAAAUGGUUUUGGAAAGGGGCAUUUUCAUAGGAUGCUAGGAAGUACCCGUUUUGACGUUUGCUUUUUCAUGAAGGGUAAAAGCGGAGUUGCUCUGUCUGAGACAUUAGGGGACCACGGGCACCUGCAUUGCAUUUCUUUUAAAUGAUGCAUUUUAUUUUAAGGUGGAGAGAAAUGCCACUGCACUUGAGGUUUGCAGACCCGGCACCCUCUGACGGCUCGUGGCUGGUGGACAUUCUGGGCAUGCAGACCCAGCCCUGUCCUCCGCAGAGCUGUUCUGACUGCCCUGGGCUGCCGCCCCAGCGUCUUUCUCCAGGGCCGUGGGGCGGACACAGGACCCCGGGUUCUGCUGUCCGAGAGUGGCUGCAGGUUGUCUGAUUCCCAGGCCUUCCCUUGGGGCUUACCUAGUUUGUGGGUGUCCAUUGCUCACCUCACUGCACCCACAGGAGUCACAGGGAAGCAGGAGGCUGUGGGUGGCAGCAAGCGUGGGUGUGCGCUGGGCCCUUUUAUGCUCUUUGUUGUUACAGCUUUGUCUAUCACAGUCUUACACAGUGAAGACUGCAGGAGGCCUAUGUUUAGGUGAAAUUUCCAUUUCUUCAUUUUGAUUGCUUCUCAAAGACAGAAACACUGAACUGUAAAGCACUGUGAAACAACACAGGCAGAUCCUCCUCUCGGAUUACUGCUCGAGCUGGUCUCAUCGCUUAUGGUCCUUUAUGAUCAUUUUCUUUUUAAGAAAAAAUGACUUAUUUGAGAUGAAGAGGUGAGGGGGAAGAAAAGGGAAGGGAGGGGGGGCGGAAGAAAGAUCUCCUGGUUCCCCCCCAGCUGGGGCUGUGCCAGGACAGGGCCAGGAGCUGGGAGCGCAUUCACACUCCCAUGUGGAUGUCAGGUGUCCAGAUACGUGAGUUCUCCCUUGCCCUCCAGCAUGUGUGUCCACAGCAGCUGCGGCAGCAGGGACUUGAACCAGGUACUCUGGAAGGGGUCUUACCCACUGCACCAAACGCUCACUGCCCCACGUGUGUUCUUGAGCCCGUGGUACACACGUGGCCAGCAUUGUUCUCUGCCCUGCCCCUCCUCAGCGUGUGUCAGCCCCCUGCCGUGUGGGUAGCUACCUUCUUGUAGACACAGAGACCUAGUCCACAUCUUGCUGGUAACACAACUACCUGACUGCAGGCAACACCAAAACCCUCAACCCAAACCUUGGGCAAAUGAUAGACUUAAAGAAAGGCAGGACCGGAGAGCAGGGUUUGUGAUGGGAAGCUCGGCAGGAAGCUGGGGGGUCAGGGUCUCAGGCAGGCUGCGCCAACGGUGUGGCGAGGGUCCCCAGGAGUGCAGGUGGCACGGCUGCUGCGCCUGCGGCACUGGGCUCUUGCGGGUCCUUUUCUUUCCCUCCUCUUGCUCCCCAGGGAGCUGCCACUUGAGUCGGCUCCAUCUCCACCGCGGCCCUCCCCUGGCCUGGCCCUCACCUCAUCUUUGUCCACUGUUGAUGGACGGCCUUUUUCAUCUUACCACGGCGUACGCCCUCUUUCUUGCUCGCUGGUGGCAUUUCCACGUGGGACUUUGCACACAGGACUUCUGCAAGGCCUCGCCUGUGGUUUCACUGCACUCUGCAGCCCUCAGUGGACACGGGCAGGUGCUGGGGGCCUGCGUGUCCACGGUGAGUAGGGGCUGCUGGCCCCAUGGGAAUGGCUGUGAAGAUGAUUCCAUAGGCUGACCUACAUGUCUGUGCACCCCAGUGCUCACCUCCUGUGCUCACCGCUUGUUAAGUUCUUAGUGACAAAGCAACGUGAAGUGCUUGUCUGGGUCAGCUUACGACCUUGAGCUUGAAGGGGUCACUAUUUGUAAGGCUGAGCAUUUACUAUGGGUGUACUUUUAAAAAUUUAUGUUUUCUUUUUCUUCUAUUUAUUUUUUUAAAGACUUGGUUAUUUGUUUGAAAGUCAGAGUUAUAGCAAGAGAGGGAGAGAGACAGAGAGAGACAGAGAGAGACAGAGACAGACAGACACCCUCCAUCUGCUGGUUCACUCCCCAUAUGGCUGCAAUGGCCAGGGCCGAGCAGGUCCGAAGCCAGGAGCCAGGACCCAGGAGCUUCAUGUGGGUCUCCCACAUGGGAACAGGAGCCCAAGCACUUGUGCCAUCCUCUGCUGUCUUCCUAACAUAUUAACAGGGAGCUGGAUUGGACCUGGGGCAGCCGGGACUUGAACUGGCGCCCGUAUGGGAUGCUGGUGCCGCAGACGGCUGCUUCACCCACUGCCCCACAGCACAAGCCUAAGAGUGUCCUUUUAGCAUGUACGCAGAGAUGAUGUGGAUUGGAUCGCUUGAUGUCAUGGUGUGGUACGUGCUCAUCUGGUGCCAGCUGUGGCCUCUUGCUGGCUAGAGGGGACAGAGGAUUUACGGUGAACACUGGAGCUGGUGUGUGUGCAGGAGGAGACCCCAGCUACUGACUCCCAGCGUCGAGAGCAGGUGAAGUGGCGCGUCCGGGCAGCGCCGGGUAUUCGGUGGAGACUGCCUUUCGUGCGUUUGCUGGUGGAACUCCGCUGUGUCGCUCCCCCUCUUCGUGGAGGAACGACACAGGACCCUGUGCUGUUUUUUCGUCUGCUCGGCCCUCCCCGGGUUUGCUGCUGGUUCUUCCCGGGUUAGCUACCGUCCCUUCCACCUCCGUGGAAGGGCGGUUCCCCCUGCCACUUUCCCCACUUCCGCGGGGGAGCGGCACACCGCCGGCCGGCUCUCUCGGGGGCUGCACAGGUGUUCCUUCAGAUAGAUGUUCCUGGUGCAUGCCGUCUCUCUCCUCCUUUAUAGUCCUCUCCACCAAUCCCAACUCUGCUACCCACACGCUGAGUACGCUGCUCUCCUCCAAUCAGGAGUAAGUCCUACAGUUUAUUGGUUGAACUGGAGGCAGCUGUGUAGAAGCUGUUUCUCCCUUCUCAGCGCCAUAUUGUGGGAGAGCAGAUGCAUAGAAUAAGUCUUAAUUCCAGUAACUUAGUCUAGUCCGAGUUGCUCCCAGUUGCUCCCCACACGCUGCCCUUCCUUCCUCUCUGGGGUCUCAGCCCUCCAUCCCCCUUACUCUCCGCAGCUCUGGUUCCCUCACAUGCGAGCCGUCUACUCCUCCGCAUCUCCUGCUUCCGUCUGGAAAGUGAGGGACGCCGUUUAAACUCUGCUCCAAGGUCCCUCUGAAUUUACCCUCAGCGAUCUUCCUAGAAAUGAAAUGGUCACCGCUUUACUUAAUGAAUAUCAAAGAACACCUGGCAAAGGCUGGAAGGACAAAAGCCAUCGUUCGCUUGCAUUUGGAAGUAAUUUCUUUUAAGUGUGCGUAGAGACAGAUUUUUUUUUCAAUCCAUGAGUGCGUGAUGCCGCAGUCGGUCUGUAGAAGGGCUGUGCCUUUGGGUUUUAAACUCCUCAGGGCUCCCAGCAUUAGCACACCAGUCGUGUGAUACUUGAAGUCUUUUCCCUGGCUCAUAUUGGUGACCCUCUGUGGAAUGGAGUCAAGUCUCUUGCACACCUCACUUUGUUCGAGAUAAUUAACGUCAUGGUGUGCUGCCACUCACCUCUGCAGCCAGCAAGGGGAGGGCGUGCCAGGAACAUCACCACAUAAGCGGGAUUCGGCCAUCGUGGUGCUUCUGCUUCCAGGAGAUGUGGUCGUGGCCCCUUCCAGGAGAGACCAGGCCUUCUUACCUUUAGCUCCCAACGAGGAGCUCAGAGCUGGUAGAUUCCAGUUCCCCCUGCAGCUCAGAAACUCUUUUUUGGUUUUGUUUUUAAAGAUUUAUUUAUUUGAAAAUCAGCGUUACAGAGAGAAGGAGAAGCAGAGCGGGGGGCGGGGGGGUAGAGAGAGAUCUUCCUUUCUCUGGUUCACUCCCCAAAUGGCUACAACAGCAGGAGCUGGGCUGAUCCAAAGCCAGGAGCUUCCUCCAGGUCUUCCAAGCAGGUGCAGGAGCCCAAGGACUUGGGCCAUCUUCUACUGCUUUCCCAGGCCAUGGCAGGGAGCUGGAUGUGAAGUGGGGCAGCCAGGACUCGAACCGGCGCCCAUAUGGGAUGCCAGCACUGAGGGCAGCAACUUUACCCGCUACACCGCAGUGCUGGUCCCUCAGAAACUCUUGAGUUCUUUCCAGUUGCUUGCUAAACUGUGUUGUUCGAUUCCUUUGAAAUCUUGAGAGUGAUAGCACCUUGUCUGGGAAAUGGAUCAGACUCUUCCCUGAUCUUCCUGCCACACCCACCCAGUCACACCCUGCAGGGCCUGAUUGAUAGUUGCCAUUGCAUUGUAAUUAUGAGUUGAUGUCCACUCCGCCUCAGGGGCUCUCUGCUGCUGCUCCGUGGUGUGGGCUACAGGAAAUGUUACAGCAUCCGGAGCUGGUGGCACCCCCGGCUCCUGCCGUCUCUCCUUGCUGUACGUGCUUUCUGGGAAAGGAGGGGGUCCCUAAAUGUGUCCCCCAAUUCUGUAUCACAGUUUACAGUGGCUGCAUCAGCCUCUCUUGGAUGCUGGGCCGCUCUAAGUCAGUUUUAUUCAUUGUAUGUUUGCAUUUGGACUCUGCUAUUCCAUAAUUUACUAUUUUUAAAGUGACAGCUCUGGUCUUGUGUUUGUCGUGAGCGAGGGCAGAGUUAGGCAGCCUGCGACUUGCCUCGCUGCCUCCCAUCCUCCCGGCGCCUGCUCAUUGACUGCUAACCUCCUCGGAGUCGGGCGUGAUCUCGCUCUCGACCCCCGUCACCCUUCAGGGCAGUUAAGUGAGGCUUUGCUUCCACUAUGAAUUAAAUAUGUCCUCGCUAUUAGAAGUAUUCCUGAACCCUUAGUGCUAUUGUCUGGCUAAACAAAUGCUAUUUUCAGAGAACUGAAAAGCCAUCCAUCUGCGUGCCCUCUCUUGAGGAGAAGCCACGGUUCUAUCCGGCAGGCACCUGUCGGCUGAUUCGUGGCUCCUCAGAGGCAGUGGCCAGUGGCCCUGUGAGUGUCAGCACGUGGACGGUUCUCACUGAUCCACGGACUCUGUGUGGGCUUCAGCGACGUCUCUGCACAAGACCGUGUUGUUAUUAAGCCUCAAAGCAGGUGGGCUGGUGAUUGCCUUUUGCCUCUUCCUCCUCAGCAGAUCCAAGCUCCGGGGAACUGUCCCUGGUGUACCAUGUCCCUGGCUUGCCAUGGGAGCCAGCGCUUGACUCACAACUGAACAAACAAGCUGGAAGUUGGAGAGUCACUCUGAAAAUGCACCUGCCUAGCAUCCAAGGAAAUGGCAAACGCCUAGGCUGUCCCUCUCCAGGGCGCCUCCAGAGUGGCCGAGCGGUGCCUCCUGGCCACGGUGUCGGCCUCAAGUCAGCACCUGGCUGGGGUCCCAGCUCUCCUUGCCCUCUUAGUGUUUGCUCCUGACCUGGCUGCCUUGAAUGGAGAAACCCCUUCUCUGUGAACUCAUGCCUGAACCUCAGAGUCAGGCGGUGUGCUUCCUGUAGAUAGAUAAUAAGAUGGAGUGCUGGAGUAAUUUGAAUUCUUUAUAGCAGAUGUGAUUAUAAAUGAUUUCCCUAUUUACUCAUAAACGACUAAAUGGAAGAUGAUUAGUGAGUUUUGUCUUCUGUUUUUUCCUAAGGUGAUUUCUUAAUCUUCCAGGCAAAUUCCUGUGAUACAGAAGAGAAAAAGAAAAACCCAUUAAAAGUUACUUAUAGCUUUGAGAAGCUGUUUAAAGCCUUUGAGCUGGGUGCUCUCUCCGUCCCUUCAGUAUGUUAAGGCACAGGAGUGAAAACACACGGCAGACAAUUCUGCUGGUUGUUAACCAAGAUCUGCAUCGCCAGGCGUGGUCCUGGCCAACUUCCUGUGCUGCCGACCCUGGUUGUGAGUGUAACAGGGCUUUCUCUGAUUGAAAAAUGCCUGCCAUGUUCCGUUUUUUGCUGUAUUGCCACUAAAAACUGAAUCUACGUGGAUCUAAAUCCUCCUACCUCCCGUUGUUUAACACCAUCCUGUGAUGUGGCGAUUGAAGAGGGCUGUUUUCCACCUUCAGUCGUAAACCCAUCGCCCUGUGAUUUCCUGCCCGUAAUCGUUGGUGUCUCAGGAGUUGCAGUUAAUUAAUCCUUCGUUGGCGAGGGAUUGGUACCCAUUGCCAUCAGAGCAUUUUUAGUCACUCGUGUGUGCAUUCUCCACUGGGCUUGGGUUCGAGAGGCCUCUAGUUCCACGCUGUGUUUUCCUCUGACCUCACUUCUGUUAGGCAGAGACCCUCUGUGUCCAGCAGGCAGAGAACAGGAGUGUGACCUCAGCAUGCAGGCCCUUUCCUUACCCCCUGGGCAGCAGUGGGGGCUGGGCUGGCCUCCAAGGAGAAACGCCAAUGCCGGCAGUGCCUCUGUGGGUGCAGGGGUCUGUCCAGCUGGGUGGCGGUGGUGGGGAGGGGUCUGCCAGCCUGGGGUGGGAGGCUGAGAUGCCACUCGUUGUCCUCGGCAUUGUCCUGUGUCAUUGAGUUAUUCCAGCUCAGGACCAGGGCACUGCAUGAAGUUCAUAGAAAACAGACUUAGUAGUUUGUUUUGGGGGCUGUGGUGUGGAAUAGAGGGUAAAGCCACUGCCUGCGGCCCCGGCAUCCCACGUGAGUGUCAGUUUGUGUCCUGGCUACUCUGCUUGCGAUCCAGCUCUCUGCUGUGGCCUGGGAAAGCAGUGGAGGACAGCCCGCGUGCUUGGGCCCCUGCACCCACAAGGGAGACCAGGAGGAAGCUCCUGGCUCCUGGCUUCCACCUGGCCCAGCUCUGGUUGUUGCGGCCGUCUGGGGAGUGAACCAGCAGAUGGAAGAUCUCUCUCUGCUAUGGAACACUGAGUUUCAAAAUAAAUGGACAAAUCUUUUUUUGUUAAAAAGAAGUUUAUCUUGGCGCCCCAGAUUUUAGAAGCCAGGCAUCGUAGUCUUCUUCCUACACAGGGAUUUCAGGAGUUUUUGGCACCUGCAGAAACUCUGAUUCUACUUUGUGCGAAGCUUCCACGAUUCCUCAGGCGAGCCUGCCGCGCAUUCCUGAUGAGUUUCUGUGAGAGUUUUGUGUUCAGGGCCUUGAGCUCAGUGUUGCAGUCUGUUCUCUGCACGGUGUGUCCUGCUGAGGCCUCGUCUCCCCAUGCCCACCUGUUGCCCGCACCAGGGGCACACAAGCCAGGCACAGGUGAGGAAGAGGAUGGGGGACGAGGGGUGCUGUGUGUUGAAAGGUGCCUGAUGGGAGUCCUCACCACCCGAGGCCUCGGAGUGGUGGAGGGAGACGUUACUGGACCUGGCGCACCUGCUCAGGGCUCGGAGGUCACCUUGGCCUGGGGUCGGGUGCACCAGAGUUCCUUGGCCCUUUUACUCCUGACUUGCUUGCUGUCCUCUAAUUGAGGCGUCACCCACUGUCCACCCAGAGCAGGAUUCUUAGUCCUGUCUUGGUUCUGCAAUGAUGGAGAAGCCUCGGGCCUGACGCCUAGAGAGGGACUGGGGGAAGAAGGGAGGCUGGGAAUCCUCUGAACCCUUUGUCUUCAUCAUCAUCAUCAUCAUCUUCUUCUUCUUCUUCUUUUUUAGAUUUAUUUAUUUGAAAGAGAGAGAGAGAGAGAGAGAGAGAUCUUCUAUCUGCAGGUUCACUCCCCAAAUGGCCAGGAUGGCUGGGGCUGGGCCAGGACCCAGGAGCUUCAUCCAGGACUCCCACGUGGAUGCCAGGGCCCAAGUACUUGGGCCAUCUUGUGCUGCUUUCCAAGGCACUGAUAUUAGGGAGCUGCAUGGGAAGUGAACGUCCGGCAGCAGAACUGACGCUCAUAUGGGAUGCUGGCAUCGCAGGCCGUGGGCCUCACCCCUGCACCACGGUGCUGCCUCUCUGCCCCCUUCUUCCUGGUGUGGCUGCGGAAUCUUUGUUGUGUAACAGAGCACAGGCUUUCACAAGCCAGCAAAUACUAAAAAAGCAUUGCUGUUGAACAAAAGCGUGUGUCUUCCAGGUACUUCUGAGCCGCGGGAUGUGCCAGGCAAUAUUCUCAGCCUGGAGUGCAGAGAGGGGGUGGGGCUGGGGGCGUGGUAACAGGGGCCCCUCCAUGUUCUGGUCAGGGCAAGGGACCCUGGGAGCUGCAUUAGCUGUCAGAGAGCCAGUGACAAAACUUGCCAUCGCUUCGUUUAAUAAGAUCGUUUGACCUUCCGACAGCAGGAGGGGCCCCGUCUCUUAAUAGGAAACGGAGCUACAUUCUGAAAGCUUUGUUCUCCCAUAAAUUUCUUUUCUUUUCUCCACUUUUCCCACUUUAUCCCAGUCCUGUGCUGGAUCAUCCCAGGGUGCACAUAGUAUUUGAUGUACAGCUUCUUUGAACUCAUGGCUUUCUUUUUACUCCUCAGCCUCGCCUCUGGUGAUUGUGCCUUUUACAACUUUUGAACAAGCAAAGCUUGCUGGUGGUUUUAGCGUAAUCCAUUCGUUUGCUAGAUGGUUUCCAGCUCCAUGUCAAGGCCAGGAGCUUUGGGAGGUGCCCGGGAGGCAGACAGCAGUGCAGAGUCUCAUCUGGAGAGGUGGGGACAGCACGGAGGAUGUGCAAGAAGGACCCAGUGCAUGGAAUGCAGACUGGAGCUGGACGGAGUGGGUCUGGGAGCCCCAGGAGCUCGAUCUGGAGAAGCCAGCUGGUCCAGGAGAGCAAGCUAGCCUGGUCUCCGUAAGAUACCCACCCACACGGGACAACCCUUCUCACUUCGCCCAGGCCAGUUCUCCAAAGUUGGGCAGCGUCCUUAUAACGUUUUCCUUACUGGUUUGUUAAAACACAGGAAGAAAAUGCUAGAACAUGUUUCACGUUGGCUGGAGCCACAUACUGGCUUGGCUUGAUUUUAGCAGUCACCUGCAGAAUGGAUAGAGGAGGAGCAGGGAGGGUCCCAGGCAUUUUCCUGUGGCACUAAUGCAAUCAUCGGAUGCCAUUUCAAAUCAACCUUUUAAAGGUCAUUUUAAAAAUAGAAUAAUUGGCUACGUUGCAGAGAUCAUGAAGGACCAUGAAUAUGUGCCUAAGUGAUGAAUUAAAAACCUACAGUUGAUAUUGUAUAAGUGAGAGCCUUUAGCUCGAGAGGAAAUUGGCCGUGGCUCACAAGGAGUGCGGAAUCUUAAGCACUUCAGACUGGUUUGAAGGGCGCACAGAAGAUGGGUGUUGGCGCUGCUGAAGACACUGACGGUAGCUUUAACGCUAAGUGUUCUCUGAAAUGGGGUAGUGGGAAAAUAUCUCAGAAUUUAUACCCACGUACCACGGACGCUCGCUAGAUAGGAAUGCCCAGUUCUGUUAGUAAAAUAUGGAAAGUAGACAGUGUUUUUCAACUAGAUCCAUGAUGUGUGUAUGUUCAAGGUAGCCGAAACGCGAGGUCAUCUCACUGUGAUGUGGAGUUUGAAGUACAUCCUAGGGUUGCUUCGCUCUUGGACACACAGAGCUUUUCCCUGCAGCUGGGUGGGUGGAAGUGGACGUGAUGGGAGACGUUCGCUUGGCUCCAGAACGUCGUGAGCGUGGUCAGGCUGGGUGGAGACGAAACCGCUCUGCAGCCUGGAGUUAGAGCACCCGUGGGUGUCUGUUCGUGUCUCCCUGGAGGCUUUCCCCAGCAGGAGCCCCUGGGCGCUGUGUGUGCUGGAUGGUUGCCACACCAGCCAGAGUCGUGGGUGUUCUCAGGAGCUGGGCUUGCGAUGUUUGCAGCAACACAGGAGCCAUCAGCUCCUCCCCUGAGUGUGGAGCAUCAUGCGAGGUAACACUGAGCCUGGCCAUCGCCCGCGUCACAGAGACCCACGCAGGGCUCAGACCGUGGUGCUCAUGGGGACGGCGCAGGGGACGGGCAGAGGGCUGCCGUGGGGACAUCAUGGGGACCAUCUGGAGUAGAAGCUUCGUCUCCACAGCCUUUUGGAUGGAUUAUGGUCCUGGGUGCCCCGAGAAACCCUGGGUGCUCUUCCUCGCAGAUGUCAGUCAAGAGCUCACAGCAGGUGUUGGGAGUCGGAUGGCGGCCUCUCGAGGGGCACCCGGGGAAGUUCUCGCAUAGACCUCCUGCGGCCUCAGUGUUCCGUGAGGUGUGGGCUGCAGCCCAGCCUUUCUGAGGCGACUGCUGAAAUGCAAAUAGAAUUGCAGAACUAGGAACUGUCCUCAUUUAGGGACAUCUAUAGAAAGCAGAGCCCCACUCAUUUUGGUAGACUUGGUCAUUAGAAAGAUAAAUGAUGCGUUGGUUCCAAACGCAAGUCUCAGAAAUCAAUGCAGGGCCGGCGCCGCGGCUCACUAGGCUAAUCCUCCGCCUAGCGGCGCCGGCACACCGGGUUCUAGUCCCGGUCGGGGCGCCGGAUUCUGUCCCGGUUGCCCCUCUUCCAGGCCAGCCCUCUGCUGUGGCCAGGGAGUGCAGUGGAGGAUGGCCCAGGUGCUUGGGCCCUGCACCCCAUGGGAGACCAGGAAAAGCACCUGGCUCCUGGCUCCUGCCAUCGGAUCAGCGCGGUGCGCCGGCCGCGGCGGCCAUUGGAGGGUGAACCAACGGCAAAGGAAGACCUUUCUCUCUGUCUCUCUCUCUCACUGUCCACUCUGCCUGUCAAAAAAAUAAAAAAAAAAAAAUAAAAAAAAAAAAAGAAAUCAAUGCAGAGUCUCCAGGGCUCUCUUCCUCCCAGCUUUAGUUUUUUAUAUACAAUUGGGUUUGUCAAAUUCUAGGCCUUCCAAGAUGCACAGCUAAUUUAUGCAAUUUUCUCUGAUGAUCAUGUCAUUUCAUUUUCCAAUAAAUGUAAUUAUUUUCUUGCCCUUGCUUUCGUAUUUAGUUUUGAAGUUUUCUUUGGUUUGCUGUAAAUCACCCUUUACAAAUGCAGAGUGAAAGCUAGCAGGUUUGCUCCUCUAAUGUUGGCAAUUUCACGUGUCAUUGUAGAAUUCAUUCCAAACCUUAUUUAACUUGAUAACCAGUUAGCUGCCAUCGCAUGCCUCAUAGUUCUCCUUAUCGUGCGUUUGGGCACAUUGCAAAGUCCUCAAACACCGAGCCUCUUAUAAACUGGGCGUGUGCGCGGUUGUGCCUUCCAUUGAUCGUUGCCCUAUUUCCAUCAUUCCCAUGGACGUUCUCUCUUCCUUCAGUCAGUUUUGGUAGCAGCCACGAUGUUGUUUGGGAUCCGAAUACUGUUCCUUGCUGGAUUGCAAACUGCGAAGUUGUCCUGAAGUCAGUGGGACGCUAUCAAAAGCUGUCAAACAACGAGAUGUUAUGUGCACACUGGGAAUGCUUAGUAUUUCGACGUGUUUGCAGUUUGUCCUGGCUGGACAACUCUUGUUGUAGUUGAAGUCAGUCUGUGAUUUCUGUUACUGCAUCUGAAAACAGCUGUGCUCUGCGACACUUCCCAGAUCACUUAUGGUUUGUCUGAACUGUGUGUGGAAAAGGGAGCGUGAAAGAUACGUUUUAUGUCUGUUAGCGUCCCCCACACGAAUGAGCUGGACGCCCGGUGCUGGGAGAAGUCUGUGCAAAUGCAUUCAAGUUGACUGUUCCAAGAUGCUUGCACUGCGUUGCAUGCUUCUGGGCACCCAACCCUCGAGGCACCGUGAAUGCCGGGCCUGCACCUCCCACAGAGGCCAAAACUUCUGCUAGAAAAGCCAGAGCCGGCAAGGCCCAGUGUUGGGAAGGUUGCUUUCCGAGGAAGUGCCCCACCUUGGGCGGCCACAGGUGAGCGGGUGGAGACAGAGCCCGUGGGCUGGGCUGUCUUAGUAGCCGGCUGAGCUUUAUCCUGACUCGGACCAUUCAGCAUAAGGUCACGGAGCAGCCAGUCCGGUCUCUUGCUCCUGUCCAGCAGAAGAGUGGGGCAGUACUUGUCCAUUGUCUGUGACCCCCAGACUGCUCCUCCAUUGUCUGUGACCCCCAGACUGCUCCUCCAUUGUCUAUGAUGCUCAGACAGUGGUUCUUUGCUGAGUCGCCCCUGGAAGACGAAUGUGAGCCAUGGAAACAAAGCUCUGAGUGUCCUAAGCUUGGGUGCUGCUCCUUUGACUCCUCCUCCUUCCCCCCCUGCACUAGGGUGGAUCCAACCAAGAGGGACCUCCAGGGGUGGCUGGGGCUCCCCUCGACAGGGUUUCCCCAUCCUUCCUCUCCUCUCGUGGUCGGUCUGUCGCAGUCCCGCUGUGGGCUUCUGUCUGCACCUGGCCUCGGUGUGCUCUUGAGCCUUUCCGGUGGCUUCUGUAUCCCUGGCGCAGGCCCGCGGCCCUCCGGCGCCCUGGCUGGCUCAGCUCUCACUUUCCCUGCAUGUCCACUGUGUUUCCUUCUGCUCCUCCGGCUUCUGCCCCAGGCAGCCUGCACUCACUUUCACCUCCUCCCGGGGACCUCUAGGCAGCAGAGGAGUCUGGCCACCGCAUCGAAGAGCUUGUGAGGAACUUUUGCCAGGAUCUGCCUGCUGGGCGCCGUCCUGCCCAGGCUUCUGCCUUCCCGAGCCCCUGGGGUAGGGGUAGGAAGGCAAGAGCUCAGGCGCCCUGGGUCAGUGGUGUCUGGGAAGUCGGGUGGCCGAGGCCCUGGACCAGUGUCUUUAGGCCUCCCCCAGGCUUCUCCUUUGCAGAAGAGACUGACCUAUGACAGUAUUUUUAAUUCCCUAAGCCUGAGUUUUUCUUUGUCUGUCUUGGCCAUAUUGAUAAAAACUUCCUGUUGGGGCUGGCGUUGCAGGUAAAGCUGCCACCCUUGGCACCAGUAUCCUGUAUGGGCACCAGUUUCUGUCCCAGCUGCUCCACUUCCUAUCCAUUUCCCUGCUAAUGGCCUGGGAAAAGCAGUGGAAGAUGGCCCAAGUGUUUGGGCUGCAACCCACAUCGGAGACUUGCGAGAAGCUCCUAGUUCUUGGCUUUGGCCUGGCUCAGCCCCCCAGCUGUUGGAACCAUCUGGGGAGUGAACCAGCAAAUGGAAUCUCUCUGUCUCUCUCUGUCUCUGUCUCUGUCUCUCCUUUUCUGUAGCUCUUUCAAACAAAUAAAUACACUUUCUGUCCUCUAUCUUGGAGUUCAGUUUUUUAAAGUUACUGAUUUGGAUGUUUGUGUUUUACAUCCCCUGAUGUAAAUUGUUUGCUGAGAUUCAAGUUGGAAGCGUGGUGAAAACUGCUGUGAGAGGGCGAGCUGGCUUGGGGGCUGGGACAUGAGCCCAGUCCUGGGGACGUGGGGAUGGCUCUUGCUUCCGGUUUCCCUGGAUUUGGACCUGGGUGGGUCGGAUCACGUCUAGCUUCAUUGGAGCAGUGCCGUGGAUGGCGAUUUGCUUCGGGCGAGGCUUGGCUGUGCCGGCGUAGCAGGCGGUUACACUGGUGCUCGUGGUUAAGAGGGUGGCUCUGUGCCAUUGGCAGAGUCUGUGACCACACAGCGUUUCCCAGGUGUUUCCCGGCUGCCGCUGGAGGCCAUGCCGGAGUCCAGGCGGAGGCCGCCCUGUGACCUCCGGAUGAGAAGCGUCACUCGGCAGCACGAUAUUCUCGUUUUUCCUCUCCUAAUGUAUUUUAUUUUUAUGGCUCAAAUACAAAUAACCUGAGGUCCAGCGUGCCAGCCAGCUUCCCGUGAACAGUCAGCGGCUCCGAGCGCUUUCCCCGGGGUCCCCAGCGUCUCGGGUACACUCCCUCCAUCCCCUCCCAGGCAUCCUUGCUCUCUCAACAGGGUGGUCUGCUCUGUGCAUUUCACGCACAUGGCAUCUCGAGUGUGUGACUUUUUCUGGCUGCUUUUGCUUGGCGUGUUUUCAGGGUUGACCCGCGCUGGAGCGCGUGCCAGCACCGCCGUCCUUUUUGAGGCUGAGAACUGUUCCAUUGAAUGGACACAGCACGCAUGCUCACCUCUGUGUUCCUUGACGGACACCUGGGUUGCCGCUGUGGACACCACUGCUGUGGCCACUUGAGAGCAAGGCUUUUGUUUUGCUCGACGCCUGUUUUUCGUGCUCUGGGGGCUGUGAUCACCUACCUGGGUGUGCAGCUCCUCACUUGCAGAGUGAUUCUGUUUGAUUUCUUGAGUAAAGGAAGUUCUUUUUAUGUUUUUGUUUGAUGGAAUCCUCCUGAGAUACGCCACUGACUGGAGUGGUUGGUCUGGAAAGACUGGCCUCUUUUUUAUUAAUUAUAUUUGUUCUGGAGGGGUAACAGGGGGCUGCCUUUCAUGUCGGCAGAAGCUCAGGGCCUUCACGCAGAGUGGAGGCGCAAGGCAUCCCAGAGCGGGACGGGGCUGCGUCAGGUGGGAGAGGAUGAGAGUCCUUGGGUCAGAUUCACAGGACAGCAGAUUUUUUUUUUUUUUUUUAAGAAUUACUUAUUUUAUUUGAAAAUCAGAGUUACAUAGACAGAGAAGGAGAGGGAGGCAGAGAGAGGGAGAGAGGUCUUGCAUCCGCUGGUUCACUUGCUAACUGGCUGCAACAGCUGGAGCUGUCAAUCCGAAGCCAGGACUAGGAGCUUCUUCUGGCUCUCCCACGUGGGUGCAGGGGCCCAAGCACUUGGGCCAUCUUCUGCUGCUUUCUCAGGCCACAGCAGAGAGCUGGAUCAGAAGUGGAGCAGCUGGGACUUGAACUGGCAUCCAUAUGGUAUGUCAGUACUACAGGCAGUAGCUUUACCCGCUACGCCGCAGCGCUGGCCCCAGCAGAUCUGUCUUGGUCGCAGUGGACGUGUGCCUUCUGCAGGAAUUCGUCUGUAACCCAUCGGCCUGUUCAGAGAAGUCAGUGUCACAUGUCCAGGGCUCUCACCUGCAGCUCUCCGUGUGGACAGGCUGGGAGGUGUGGGGAACCGGCGUAAAUCCGCGGCUAAAGCAGCAGGCUGAGAAAGGCUGCCGGGGCGGGGGGCCUUGUCUGCGCUCCCGCUGCCCUGUCUUUAAUUCAGACCCAGUCACAUGGAUCAAGCAGGAGCUCCUGUUCCCAGUCACCCUCAUCGUAUUUCAAGUCCUGGCGGCCGUUGGACUGAGCAGAGCAGCUGUGGAGUGUUCCCUCCCGGCAGGCAAGAGUUUUGUGCGGCAGGGAUGGAGAGAUGGUGGGUGCAGGAGUGCCCGCAGCAGCUGCUGACCGCUGGGGAGGUGCUGGGCGGGAGGGGAGCUGAUGGACGACGGGCAGGUGUCAGGAGUUGAUCCUGGAAGGGCAGCACACGGCGCUGACUCCGUCCUGGAGCAGGGCACACUCCCAGCCUGGGGCCUCAGACCCUGUGUGUCAACUGGGCCUCACACUUGCCCCCCGGGCUGCUCAGAGCCAGGUGGGCCUGGGUCGUGCUGGUGCCUGGUGUUGGCUGCUUCUCUCUGGGGAGAAGAGGACAGGUGUUGAGUGUUGAGCCUGCUCAAGUGGCACUUUAGUUCUGUAGAAAUUCAUUUGCUUGGGUUUUGUAAAGAUUCUGGUUGGAAACAGAAUGAAAAUGAAGGCAGACCCUUGGCUGUGGCUGUGGCCCCUCCUUGCUGGGAGGGGCCGCAUGGUCUUGGGAGGGGCCGAGACAUUGGGUCGCAGGCUGCUCUAAGGGGUGCACACACACUGUGUGAAACCCAGUCCCCCCAGUCCUGCGGCCGGGGUGCGUGCCCAGGGCGUCGGCCGGGCCCUGCAGGCUCGCUGGGGGGACCUCCUGGUGUGCCCUGCAGCUCGGUGCUGCCUGUCCUGCCGGCCUUGGGGUUCUCUGGCUUUCGGUCUCCUGGCUGCAGCCUCUGCCCCUGCCUUCACAGGGCCUCUGUCCUGUGCGUCUCUGAGCCCCGGCGCCCCCCUUCUUUUCUGAUGUGGUCACUCGUCCUUGGACCUGGGGCCCCCUGAAUGGAGUCUGGUUUUUGUGUGAGGACUGUUUCUGGGUACUUUGGCAUGCCUAGGCACUGCGGUGUCUUUGAUGUUGUCCCCACCGCUGUGAUAGAAUCCCCGAGGCUGGGAUCCCGUUGCCUGGGAUGCUGGCAUCCAUAUUGGAGUGCAGGUUCCCCUCCUGGCUGCUCCACUUCCGAUCCAGCUCCCUGCGGUCUGCCUGGGAAGACAGUGGAGGAUGGCCCAAGUGCGUGGGCUCCUGCAACUCACAUGGGAGACCGGGGUACAGUUCCAGGUUCCUGGCCUUGGCCUGGCCCAGCCCCAGUUGGAUCACAGAUGGCUUCCUCUCUCCUCCUCUCUAUUUGCCUCUCCCUUCCUCUCUCUGUACCACUGUGCCUUUCAAAUCAACAAAACAAGAUGUUCAAUGAAGACAUGUUUUGGGGGGACAGACAUGCAGACUGUAGACUGAGCAUGUUUUGAGGGUGGGGCAGGAUCCCACUCCCUGUAGGGGUUGGUGUGGGAUGCAGUGGGGAAGGGUGGCAAUGGGCGGGCUCCCAGGAGGACUCCGAGGGUUGGGCCCCCUCUAUCCUGCUCCACGACCAGUGCCUGUUGGUGGCUGCACACCCUGACCGUCCUCUCUAAUGGGGCUUCUGAGGGUCUGGGGAGUAGGCUGGAGAGGAGGUGGCUGGAAGGGGGCCUGCAGGGUCAGGACCCACUGGCCAGCUGUAGGUUCACCCCCUUCCAUGGCCUUCCUUCCCUGUCCACCUCACACCCUGUGUGGCAGCUACUUCCCCUGCUGUGUUCCUGGAGAGCCCUGGCUGGCCCGACUGCUCAGGCUGUGGCUACAACAGGACUGUGCUGCCUGCUGCUCUCUGCUGUUUUCCCCGCUGUCUCACUGUGGUUCAGGCCCUUCAGGUGCCCUGGAACGGGGCCAUUUUCCUGUCUGUGGACGUCUGAACUUCAAGUGCUUUUUCUUUCUGGAAAUCUCCGUCAUUUGGAGCCAGGCUUUGCCUCCUGGAAGCUAUGUAGACGGGUAACCAAUUUUCUCCCAUUUUGAGGUGACAGAGGCCUGCAACGCAUCCCCAUGACUGUGCUGGUGUAAGGUUCAAAUAGAAUGAAAGAGACCGUGGGCCGUUUAAUAGUCGCAUCACGUAGCUCCCGCCUGACAGCGGUACUGCCCUUCUUCAGCAACACUGUGCCUGGCACGAGGAUUGUGGGGCUAAGGGACCCCCCCCCCAGCCCUGGAGGGCUAAGGAGAGGGCCCUGGCUUCAAAGGAGCGGCGGCAAUGCUGCUGGUGCUGUGGCCGGCUCACAGGCCCACUUGUCCUGCCUCGUGCGUGUUGCUCCACUCUCUGUCACUGAGCCGUCACCUGCAGGGCAUCUGGGCUGUGCUGAGUCACUGUGGCCCCAGCCUGACCCCCUAGUCACAGCAGUGUCUGCCUGCCCAGCCCGUUUCACUUUCUCUGCCAAAUCCCCUGGUGGCUGCCUGUGUGCCCAGCAUUUGGGAAGAGGGGGUGAACAGUGAUUCUGACCACUGUGUGGGAAGGUGUUAGAGAGAGAAGAGCUGGUAGUUUAUUUAGGCCAGAGCUGGACACAGAGAAAAUGGUCAGCGUGUCCAGAACAGCUGUGCAUGGCCAGAGUCAGCCAGCCCCUUGGAUCUGCCUGCCCGUGUGUGGCAAGGUUGACCCAAGGGCUGGAUUUCUGUGCUCUGGGGACCCAUCUGUGACAAAGCCAUGGGGGUCAGAAAGCUCAUGUGUGUGUACAUGUGUGUGUGCACAUGUGGUGGACAGGGUCCAGGAUGCGUGUGCACAUGUGGUGGACAGGAUCAGGAUGUGUGUGUGCACAUGUGGUGGACAGGGUCCAGGAUGCGUGUGUUACAUGUAUGGACAGGGUCCAGGAUGCGUGUGUGCACAUGUGGUGGACAGGGUCCAGGAUGUGUGUGUGUACAUGUGGUGGUCAGGGUCCAGGAUGUGUGUGUGCACAUGUGGUGGACAGGAUCCAGGAUGCGUGUGUGCACAUGUGGUGGACAGGGUCCAGGAUGUGUGUGUGCACAUGUGGUGGACAGGGUCCAGGAUGUGUGUGUGUACAUGUGGUGGACAGGGUCCAGGAUGUGUGUGCACAUGUGGUGGACAGGAUCCAUGAUGCGUGUGUGCACAUGUGGUGGACAGGGUCCAGGAUGCGUGUGUUACAUGUAUGGACAGGGUCCAGGAUGCGUGUGUGUACAUGUGGUGGACAGGGUCCAGGAUGUGUGUGUGCACAUGUGGUGGACAGGAUCAGGAUGCGUGUGUGCACAUGUGGUGGACAGGGUCCAGGAUGCGUGUGUGCACAUGUGGUGGACAGGGUCCAGGAUGUGUGUGCACAUGUGGUGGACAGGGUCCAGGAUGUGUGUGUGCACAUGUGGUGGACAGGGUCCAGGAUGUGUGUGUGCACAUGUGGUGGACAGGGUCCAGGAUGUGUGUGUGUACAUGUGGUGGACAGGGUCCAGGAUGUGUGUGUGCACAUGUGGUGGACAGGAUCCAUGAUGCGUGUGUGCACAUGUGAUGGACAGGGUCCAGGAUGUGUGUGUGCACAUGUGGUGGACAGGAUCCAGGAUGCGUGUGUGCACAUGUGGUGGACAGGGUCCAGGAUGCGUGUGUUACAUGUAUGGACAGGGUCCAGGAUGCGUGUGCACAUGUGGUGGACAGCAUCAGGAUACAUGUAUGCACAUGUAUGGACAGGGUCCAGGAUGCGUGUUACAUGUGGUGGGCCGGAUCGAUGAUGUUUACUGCAGUCCUGUACAGUGACUGCCUUGGGAAUAUUCUGAAGCACUUUACCCAUUUUCUUUUAAAGAUUUGCUUAUUUAUUUGAAAGAGAAAGUGGCAGAGUCAGAGGGGGAGAGGCAGAGAGAGAAAGAGGUCUUUUUUUUUUUUUUUAAAGAUUUAUUUUUUAUUUAUUUGACAGGCAGAGUUACAGAGAGAGGUAGAGACAGAGAGGUCUUCCAUCUGCUGGCUCACUCCCCAGAUGGCCGCAAUGGCCGGGGUGCUCCGAUCUGAAGCCAGGAGCCAGGAGCUUCUUCCAGGUCUCCCACGUGGGUGCAGGGGCCCAAGGACCUGGGCCAUCUUCUACUGCUUUCCCAGGCCACAGCAGAGAGCUGGAUCGGAAGAGGAGCAGCCGGGACUAGAACCGGCGCCCAUGUGGGAUGCUGGCCCUUCAGGCCGGGGUGGUAACCCGCUGCACCACAGUGCUGGCCCUAGUCUUUUCAUGGAUGCGACCGCCAGGGCUGGGCCAGGCUGAGGGAGGAGCCUGGAACUCCAUCUGGCUCCUCCAUGGGGGUGGAUGGGACACAAGCACUUGAGCCGCCUUCCCGUGCCUUCCCAGGUGCAUUAGCAGGAGCUGGAUUGGAAGCAGAGCACCCGGGACUAGAACCAGCACUCGCAUGUGGGAUGAUGAUGUGGCAAGGGGUGGUUUAACCCAGCCCUAACCCUUUUCCCAUUGUUGCUGUUCCUCACUGUAGGCCUGUUUGACUUUUUUUUUUUUUAAUUUGACAGAUAGAGCUAGACAGUGAGAGAGAGACAGAGAGAAAGGUCUUCCUUCCAUUGGUUCACCCCCCAAAUGGCCAGCGCUGCGCCAAUGCAAAGCCAGGAGCCAGGUGCUUCCUCCUGGUCUCCCACGUGGGUGCAGGGACCCAAGCACUUGGGCCAUCCUCCACUACCCUCCCGGGCCACAGCAGAGAGCUGGACUGGAAGAGGAGCAACCGGGACUAGAACUCGGCGCCCACAUGGGAUGCCUGUGCUGCAGGUGGAGGAUUAACCAAGUGAGCCACGGCGCCGGCCCCGACUGUUUGACUUUCAAUGUGGGAGCUUGAACAACUCGUGGGAGAAUCUUAGGGAGUCUGUGCUUUCUCCCUUACGUUUCUGGGUUGGGCUUUGUGCCCGAUUGACAGGCGGUACUCCUAGGAGCAGUGUGCUCCGGCAGCUGGGUUGACAUUGGGGACUGAAUGGCCCGGGAUGCUGGUGCAAGAGCUGGGGCGGGCGGGGCUGUUUAAUGGCCAGACUCUGCUGCAGGGCGCUGGAGGACCGGGGCAGAGCGGCUUUCAGAUUCAGCUGCAGACGUGGGCAGCCACGGCACGGCAGCAGCCAUGUCGCCAUGGUUCUUCCUCUCUGGACGUCUGUGGCACGGGCACUGCUGUCGCCCCUGGGUCCUGUGUUUCUGUUCUGACAUACAGGAGGCCGCCCUGUCCAGCAUCUGUCCCUCUCUGUCCAGUCCCCGUGCAGGCCUCUGCCUGGUGGACCCGGGGCCCUGUGGGCGGCGCUGGUCUUGGUCCACCUGCCUCUCUCGGGACCGCCUGCUCCUUCUGGGGCUGGUGGGCUCUGCCUCACAUCUCCAGACACAGAACCCUGAGGUCUGAGAGGAAAAUCUGGGGACCACAUGUGUGUGAGCUCAGACCCUCCAAAUGCAACCGCUUUAAGAUGCGUUUUCUGGAGAAAUAUGUAAAUUAAUAAUUGCUUCAUACAUUAUUCAAGAAAAACUUAUUUUGUAUCACUGAUAGCUCUCCUAAUCUUAUAUAAAGAUAUGCUAAUGGGUUUAAUUAAAAUAAUUAUGCUGAAUAAUGUAGCCUGAACUUUACCCUAAAAUAGUGUCGAUUAAUCAUCAUCAGUAGUAAUAUUUUUAGCCAGAGAGACACUUAUGGCAUUAAACCGAUAUUAGACAGAAAGUGCAGUUUUUGGUUUUGUUCUACAGUUUAGAUUAAGUUGGCAUUCUCACAAGAUGUAUGACAGUGAAGUUGGCCUAGAGAAUACAAGUAAAUUUAUUUAGUUUUUUAAAACCUGAAGUAUUUGAACAUUUUCUGCUCUUUCUUAGUUCUUUUAUGCAUUUUCUUUCUUCCCCGCUAAAACUUGGUUUCAUUCCGUGUCUCUUGUUCAUGUGAGUCAGGUUUGACCUCACUUUUCCUCCCUUAAGAUGGUGAUUGCUAAACACCCCGAGUUCUCGGUCGCCUGGCAGUUCAGAGUCGAGCCCGUCUGUAAGAGGGCCGCUCAGGAACCGGCUCUUCCUUUGGUGUGCAUGGAGGCAGCUUCACCGCUGGCUGGUUCCCUCCGGUGUUGCUGCGGUGUCGUCCCGUGGUGCGUGGCUUCCGUUCCACACUCAGUGGUCAGUGGCUUCCGUUCCACACUCAGUGGUCAGGGCCCUGUUGUGUCGAUGGUAAUGUCAGUUUUUGCCUAAUGCCUAAGGCGUUCACGUGUCCAUGUGUGUGUUCUCGGCAUGUCAGUGGGUCAGUGCCUAUGUGUUGGUUGUCCGGACACCCAAGUCCAUUUAGAAUUGGCCCUGCCCAGCCUCCAGUGGACAGAGGGAAGCUUUACCAAGUUGAAAGAAAAGCAGAAGCCAGCACUUACACUGCCAUCGAGCGUAUUUAGCUAGGCUUCCUAAAGAACAACCUGCUUAAAAAGUAAGUGUUCAGGGGCCGGCACGGUGGCUCACUUGGUUAAUCCUCCACCUGCGGCGCCGGCAUCCCAUAUGGGCACCGGGUUCUAGUCCUGGUUGCUGCUCUUCUAGUCUAGUUCUCUGGGCAGUGGAGGAUGGCCCAAGUGCUUGGGCCCUGCACCUGCAUGAGAGAACAGGAGGAGGCACCUGGCUCCUGGCUUCGGAUCGACGCAGCGCCAGCCGUGAUAGCCAUUUUGGGGUGAACCAACGGAGGGAAGACCUUUCUCUCUGUGUCUCUCUCUCACUGCCUAUAACUCUACCUGUCAAAUUUAAAAAAAACUUAAAAAAAAAGGUAAGCAUUCACUUGACAAAGUUCACUUAUGACUUAAAGAACAGUAGGUGAAAAAAACAUAGCUAAAACCAGUGAAUGUGUCACGGUUUCUGUUCUUGUGUGGGCCAGGUGGAGAGGUGUGUUUGUGCACAGAGUGUGGGCGCUGGCCCCUAGCCCCGGGGGUGGGAGGAGCCCAUCCCCACUCAGCUCUGUCUCUUGGGGACGUCCCCCAGGGCUCAUCUCCCACCCCACAUUGCCAGUGAGUUGACUGACGGGAUGCCAUCCCAGCAUGCCACAGGGCCCCAGCCAAGCAGACGUGUUGGCCUCCUGGUUCCCCACCCACAACCCAGUAGAGCCAGAUGCAUGCUGAGCCAGCCCUUGCUGAAAUACAGGACUGACUGAUUAAAGGUUAAAAAAAAUCUAGCAAAAGUGGAAAACAGAAACCUUGAUGGGGCUCAGUUUACUUCUCCAUGACUUCUGCGAUUGGUGGCCGAUGUCACUCGGUAUUUGCCACCACGUGGGCCACUUCCUAAGUGAAGGAAAAGCAGGGUGAGAGGUGUGCUCAGCCGGGUUUUCUUGGUUAAUGUUUGCAAGUGUCCUGUGCUGUCCUGCCACCACCACUGGUGGCAGCAGCGGCCAUCAGCUCCAGAUCCACAUUGACGUCUGGAGCCGAUGUCCUGUGUGCAGUUUUUCACCUCAUGUUCCCAGCAGCCGUUGAGAUGGUCCAGUUAAUCCCCAUUGUUCUGUCCUUGGGGAGCACUGGCUGGAAGUACCUCCCUCUUGGUGUCACACAGCACGUGGUGGAGGCAAACUUUGCACCCAGUGUGGGCCCAGAGCCCUGCCCCCAUCCGGCACCACCUCCUGUGCAUUGUGCCGGCCACAUUUCUCCACGGUGCACUCCCUGGUUUUUAUUUCUGGAAGCGUCUUUCUGCAGAUGAGAUUCUGCCCAGCACUAUGUCUGCACAGCUCCGCUGCCUCCGCUUUCUCUGCUGGGCUCUCCUGCUUGGCAGGCCCCUAGCCCUUGAAGGCCUGGCUCCUUCCACUUGAAAGAGACUCACAUUUCCUGAAAUCGUCCACUCUGCAGAGAAAGCAGCAGCCUUUUGCUGUCAGCAUGAGCAGAAUCCCAGAUGCUGGGAAUCCCCGACCCAGCGCCAGGGGAGGAGGCAGGCAAAGCUGGCUGUGAUCCUUAGCAACACACAGUGAGUGGCACAGGGCUGUGGAGGGCAGCUGGCUGGAAGUCUGAGCUCCGUGCAUCCUGGCCUGCCCGCCACACUGGAGAGAGGCAUCAGUUUUCCCCAUUGGCUAAGGCUGGCAAAUCCUGUGGCUCAGGGCUCCUGGUCAGUGGGCAGCAGAGGCCCACUGUGUGUCUGCAAGGGCAGAGAUGGGGCCGUCUGAAUGGGCUCACUGUGUCACCUCAUACACAGUGGAAAUGUGUCUGGGAGCCCAGCCCCUGUGCGUCCUGGGGAAGAUGACUUGGAGACUUAGGACCGGGUUAGCUGCUGUGUUUGGGGCAGGUGCUGGGUUGGGGGAAUGGCACGUGGACAGCCUCCGAGCUGGUCGACCUGGAAGUUACUCCGUGUGGCCUGAGAGAGUCCUGUGGUGGGUGUGGCCCAGGGAGGUGGAGCCAGAACCUAGUGGCCUCUGAGGAUACAGAGCAGGUUCCCUUGCAGUCCCAGAGCCGAGGUUAUCACCCAGGUCUCUACAUGAGGCUUGCAUCUUAGGAAGGCUCCUCUGAUGUCCAGUGAGGCAAGGAUCUGAGAUUAUCCGUGUGGAUGCAGGGAGCCCUGGUAGGAGACCCAGCGAGGGCCUUGGCAGCCGAGCAGCGGGAGCUAACAGCGGCCGGCACCAGGUGUUUGCAGGAAGAGAGAAGAUGGGAGGACCAGGAGCUUGAUUUAAAAUAGACGGAGCUUUCUGUUGCUUAGAACUGGUCCAAGGGGAGGAAGGACCCCCCUGGCAUGAUGUACCGGCCUCUGCCGUGCAGCCUGGGGAUUGGGGGUCUCCAUGGUGCAGCUCUGAGCUGUAAGCAUGGGGGACGGAGGGUGUGGAGAUGGUGCCCAGCCCACACAGUCGCAUUUUCAGGGCCUGGGGCAGCCUGCCAGCAUCCAGUGGCUGGCCACUGAGGGUGUGGGGUGUCGCCUGGGAGAACGUGUGGGCUCCACGUGGUGACUAGAAGGAGUCAGAGCUUGGCAGGGGUGAGGUCCCCGAGGGGUAAGUGGAGGAAUCCCAGGGAUAGGGCCACACAUGGGAUGCUGGGAAGAAGGCGAAGGUGGUCACCUGGGGGCUAGGUCAUGGGUACCAUGGCAGUGAAGGGGCAGCCUUGUCCCGCGGAGGUGGCACAGAACAGACUGAGGCCCCUGUGGCCGUGGCAGGAAUGGACUCCCAGUUGUGGCCUUGGUCAGGCUGCAGGAAGUGGCAGGAAGGCAGGCCCACAGUUUGGGGAAUCAUCAAGGAUGAAGAGGAGGGUGGGCCAGGGGGCUGUGGAACCCUUUGGAGGUGGGAGGCUGGCGUGAGGUCCCUGUGACGGGAGGAAAGAGAGAGGGGGAGAAGCUGUUUUGGCUUGGCUGGUGGAUGGCUGAGCUGGUUUCCUGCUCCUGUCUCUGGACAGAGGUGAAAUGGUGGGCCAGGCCACAGGGAAAGUGGGGUGGAAGGAGAGAGACCCAGCUCACCUGGAGAACAGGGCUGGACCCGAGGGGCAAGGCGGGCGCCCCCCUGCACCCUGUCUGCCCUCUGAUGGGUGGGCCAUGACUGCUCUCGAAACCUCACCCACUGUGAGACGUGACGCCUGUCAAGCAGAAUUCUGGCUAACCGGGCUCUGGGUGCCAGGAGUGUGGGCAGGCCCCACAGGGGAAGGCUUGGGAGACCUGCCCCGCCCUCCCACUGUCCUGGCCUGUGCAGUGCCCGGUGGCUGGAGGGGCCCAGUGGAAGGCGGCCAGCCAGGCCUGAGCUGUUUGUUGCCAUCUGCCCGGUCCCCAGCAAGUGGUGUUUGCAAGGCCCGGCAGGCGGGUGAAGCUGUCAGGCACAGGAGACAACGCGGGAAGCCACUGCCUCUCUUAUCCUCUGGACACUCACAGACUCAAUGAGACACUUGAGGAGACUGAGCGGUCAGCCUGGGCAAAUGCCCAUUACUGAACGUCAUGAUAAAUAUUUUUCAGUUUUUCAAAGCAACUCUGAAGUAGUUGAAGCAGAACAUUUGAAAUCAGAAUGAAAUUAUUUCUCUUGAAAGCUCUUUGCCAGCGCUUCUCAAGGGAGGGGAUUGGAACCCCUUGAUCUGGUGGACCCUGAAGCAAGGGGUUUGGGCCUGGAAGAGCAGCAGCCCUGGCAGGUGGGUGCCUCCCCAGGCGGGUGGUGCCUCCUUGUCCGUGUCAUCCUGACUGUGGCGGGUUGAGCUUUGGGGUUGUACGUGACUGACUUUGCAGGCGGACAGAGUGGCUCCAGGUCCUGACAGUACCAAUCUGGGCAAAUGGCUGCACCUUUUUUGUGUGUGUGCCUCCACUUCUCACCUGUAAACGGGGUUAAUAAAAGGCCUUUCCCCUGUGGAUGUCACAGGACUAAAGUGUCCAUGGCAGCACACACAGAGACCUGCACACGUGGAGGCACGUGGAGAGUAUUCCAGUUUCUGGCAUUAGGUGACUGGGAUUCAGCUGACGUGGUUUGAAACGCUCUGCUUGGCGGCUGGGACACCGUUCUCUCCAAUCUUUCAGACAAUUUCCAGGUAUGGGAGUAGAUCAGGUGAUAGGAUUUCAGUUGGUUUUAAAUGAAGGUAAAGUUUGCCUACGGUAAAAUGCACUUUUUCUUCUUGUCCACAUUUUAGCUCUGGGAGUGUAUGGUCAACUCCCAGCUCCUCCGCCCCCCAUGUCCACCUCAGGGCAGCCACUGCUGUGUUCCCUACCCCAGUCGCUGGCCUUUUCCCGAGUGUUAGGACCAGGGGAUCACGCAGGAGGUGGCAUUUGAUUUCAUUUGUUUCAUUUCUCGGGGAGCGUGGAGGUCGUCGGGUUGUGUGUAGCAGGGUUUGCUCCCUUUAGGCGACUGGUUGUGUUCCCUCUAGGGACACCCCUGAGGGACUCUGAGUCAUUUCUGGUCGUGGGCCCUUCGGAUAAGGCUGCUGGGAGCAGGUGCGUGCGGGGCUGGCAUGCGUGCAGGGCUGGCGUGCGUUCGAGUUCUCCUUUCACGCGAGUCGACGCCUGUGGGGAGCAAUCCGGACUAGACUAAGUUACUCGAAUUAAGACUUAUUCUAUGCAUCUGCUCUCCCACAAUAUGGCGCUGGGAGAGAAGUAAACAGCUUCCGCACAGCUGCCUCCAGUUCAACCAAUAAACUGUAGGACUUGCUCCUGAUUGGAGAGCAGCGUACUCGGCGUGUGGGCAGCCGAGUUGGGAUUGGCAGAGGAGGACUAUAAAGGAGGAGAGAGACGGCAUGCACCGGGAACAUCUAUGGGGAACAUCUAAGGGGAACACCUGUGCAGCCCCCCAGAGAGCCGGCUGGCGGUGUGCCGCUCCCCUGCGGAAGUGGGGAAUGUGGCCAGGGGGAACUGCCCUUCCACGGAGGUGGAAGGGAUAGUAGCCAACCCGGGAAGAACCAGCAGCAAACCCGGGGAGGGCCGAGCAGACGAAAGAACAGCGCAGGGUCCUGUGUCGUUCCUCCACGAAGAGGGGGAGCGACAUAAUGGUGCCGUGACUCGGAUAUGAAGCCUAGGCAGGGUUUUGUGUUGCUCCUCCACGAAGAGGGGGAGCGACAGACGCCCAGGGCUGCGGUUGCUGGGGUCAGUACUUGGAGUGCGCGUCGCUGUUAGAAACCUCCAAGCUCUCUUCCGGAGUUUCUCAUACUGCAGCCCAGGCCAGCCCAGCGCAGGGGCAGGCUCUUCUUCCGUCUUGUUUCUUAGCAGUUCUGAGAGGUGUCAGUGGCAUCGCCUUGAGGGUUUUGUUUGCUUUUCCCUGGUGAGCGAUGGCGCUGCCCUCUUUGCAAGGGCUUACUUGCCAACGGUACAUCUCCUUGGGAGCAGCGUCUGCUCCGGUCUGUGGCCUGUGUCUUACUUGGCGGCAGGGUUGGAGGGGAGGGUUAGGGUUAGGGUUAGGGUUAGGGUUUCUUGUUCCUGAAUGUUCAGAGUUCCCGGUGUAGUCUCCAUGCACAGAUUUUCCAGGUGUGUGGUUUGCAAUCACUUUCUCCCUGGGUGUGGCUUGUGUUUGUUUUCUAAGCAUUGCCUUCAAAGGGCCGAAGAUCUUCAUGUUACCUUAUCCUUUCAUAGGUGGUCCUGUUUGCUUAGCCCCGAGCCAUAGCAUUUUCUUCUCGAAGUUUCGUAGUUUUAAGUUCUUCAUUGAAAGUCUGGUGCACCUAGAGCUACUGUGUCGUGGGCACGUGUGGACUGGGGUGUACUUGGUGAUGUUGGGCAGGACAGUGUCCGGGCUGUCAGUCCGUUGACCACACUGCUUUGGGUCUGGGUCUGCCUGUUCCAGAGGUGCUGGUGUCAUCCGGCUUCCUUUUGAGUUCUGGUCUGAGCCCUCACGCACCCCCCAACAUGCGUUGGUUUCCGAUUUCAUUGAGGAGGUGGAGCCCACUCUGGUACACGGAAUUCCUUCGAGUCGCAAAUACAAGCAAGCGUUUAAAAUGCAGCAUCUUUCCCCAACAGGGUACAGCCACAGGGACCCAGUCCCAGCCUCCUCUGGUCCACACUGUAAUUCUAGGUUGGUUCAGUACUAGCUGUGUGACUAGGGCAAAGGCAGUUUCCAUUCCUCCCCAAAGGACUGACUCCCUGUAGGAGGUGCCUUUGGAUUAACAAUAAAAUGCAGGGCCGGCGCUAUGGCGUAGCGGGUAAAGCUGCCGCCUGCAGUGCCAGCAUCGCAUAUGGGUGCUGGUUUGAGUCCCGGCUGCUCCACUUCUGAUCCGGCUCCCAGCUAUGACCAGGGAAAACAGUAGAUGAUGGCCCAAGUCCUUGGGACCCUGCACCUUUGUGGGAGACCUGGAAGAAGCUGCAGCUCCUGGCUUUGGUUAGGUGCAGCUCCGGCCAUUGUGGCCAUUUGAGAAGUGAACCAGCGGAUGGAGGAUCUCUCUCUCUCUCUCUCUCUCUGCCUCUGCCUCUGCCUCUGCCUCUGCCUCUGCCUCUCUGUAUCUCUGCCUUUCAAAUAAAUAAAUAAAUCUUUAAAACAUCAGCCAAAAGCAUGCAGUUCUAGUGCGGUGUGUGGCACCCGUGGGAGCCAUCGUACCACUGUGACUUUUUCUCAGGGUGCAGGUUUUCUCAAAGGUGCAGAAUCUGCAGCCGGAUGACAACGUCCUCAAGGCCACAGUGAUUCCUUGUUAGGGGAAACGCAGCAGAUACACAGGAAGCCAUAUUUGGAAUGGAAGCGACCUUCAUUUCAGCCGUUGGGUUGGAAGAGCUACGGUGGGUUUAAUGGAGGGGCCAGGCCUGCCUUUUGCUUUCACAGAGCUUUCCAUGUAGACGUGAAAGUCGUGGACACACUGAGCAGGCAGUGUGGGCACCUGGGCGGCAGGAGAUAAAUGUCACUUUCCAAUAGUACUAACAAGUAUCUGUGGUGGAGAGAGAGACGGAUGGAGUCCUGCUGCCUGGCGGCUCACUCUCCAGAUGGCCCGCAAAGCCCGGGUUGGGCCAGGCUGAAGCGGGAGCCAGGCACUCGGUCCGGGGCAGACGCUCGGCUGCUUGAGCCGUCACCGCUGCCUCCCGGGCCCUGCGUUGUCAGGAAGCUGGGAUAGGCAGAGCACUGGGAGCGUGGAUGCCGGCGUCCCGGGUGGUUCUUCCACCGCUGUGCCAAGAGGCUGCCCCAUCUGUGCUCUCGCGUGUCCACCAUGCGAGACGCGACCGCUCUGUGCAUCAGGGAUUGUGUUCUUGCUCAGCCCUCCAUCUGAAGUGCCCGCCCUCGUCUCGGACUUCCUGUGGUUCUGCAGAGGAGUUACAAGUCUGCGUUAACAACCGGCUCAGCCUUCUUCUC